AUAAAUGAUAUAUUAUGAAGAUUUAAUUGAAGAAAUGAAAAUAUAUUACAAACGAAAUAAUAUUAUAUUAUAAAUAACAACUAUUGAGAUUUAUUCUGAAAAGAUUUAUAGUUAGAAAGAAUUUUUAGAGCUUUAUGGAUGUGUGAAGUGGAUUUUAAAAGAUAAAAGCUUGUGAAUUAUCAAGAUAAAGAAAGACUAUGGCUAUCACAGAAGAGAUCCUUUUAUUUGACGAGGAUACGAUAAUGAGAUUAAACGACGAUCCAGAAACGAGUGAUUACGAAUUGAAUAAUAGUUACAAUGGGACAUUCAUCGACAAUCAAAGUUACUAUCAAUUGUCUUACAACGAUUCUCUGUCGGAAGAUUACAUCUUCGACAGAACUGAUGUUAAAGUGAUAUUUAUCUUACUCUACACGAUCGUUUUCAUUUGCUGUAUAUUCGGUAAUCUAAUGGUAAUACUCGUGGUGACGUUUUCUCGUCGCUUACCAAACAUUACAAACUUCUUCUUGGCAAAUUUAGCAGUAGCAGACUUUUGCGUCGGCAUAUUCUGCGUCUACCAAACUCUAAUAAAUUAUUUGAUGAAUAGCUGGCGAUUAGGUAACUUCCUCUGCAAAGUUUAUAUGUUCGUUCAUGCAUUAUCCUAUACGGCGAGCAUUUUGAUAUUAAUGGUAGUAUGCAUAGAAAGAUAUUUGGCAACGGUACAUCCAAUGAAAUGUAAAUCGAUGUUAACCACAAGUCGUCUAAGAGCAGUCAUUGGUAUUGUAUGGAUAAUAGCGGCGUUAUAUGCCGCACCAAGAUUUAUUUAUUUUGAAACAAUCAGCAAUGAACUGAGCGACGGCAAUGUCGAUAUCAUUUGCGGACCUAAUAUGAAGAAAUACAAGAAACAUGUCUUAGAUGCUUUCAACUUUAUCUUCCUUUAUCUCUUACCACUGGCACUGAUGUCCUAUCUCUAUACAAAAAUAGCUGUCCGUCUUUGGAGAAGCGGUGCUGCUCUCGGUAGACCUGGCCUUGUAGCCGAAACUAGAAAUGGUAGAAUUCAGCAUAUUCAUACCUCUUGCAGGAAGGUUCUCAGAACAAGACGUGGAGUUAUAAGGAUGCUGAUUGCCGUAGUAGUAUUUUUUGCACUUUGCAAUCUCCCACAACAAGUUCGCAUAAUUUGGCUACAUUGGGGACCAUAUUACGAUCGAACUUCUAAUUUCACUACUCUACUGACCGUAUCGACUUUCUUGAUAUCUUAUACGAAUUGCUGUCUGAAUCCAUUUCUCUAUGCCUUCCUUUCGCGUAACUUCCGUGAAGGAAUGAGAGAAAUUCCUUGCUGCAAAGGUAGAGAUCGUACAGCAGGUGGAUUGGGUGUAACUGGUUGUACCAGUGGAGAAAUAACAAGACAAGAAAACGGGACCAACGGGAAUCUCUUUCCUCACAGUUUACUUGUACGAUUGAGUUCGAUACAACGCAUAUAAGAGAGUCCUUGUACAACGCAUACCAUACCAAGAAGAAAUACUUACGAGAAGAAUACCUAAUGACGAUCUGAUAUACUCAUUAAAAACAACAAUAUUAAUUUGACUUAUCUAUCUGAGUUUACUCGACCAGAACUUGAAUUCGACAAAUUGGAGAACGAUAACGUAGCUGCAAUUUAAUACUUUAAGAUAUGUUUAACAAUUUGAGAAGCGUGUGAAGAUGAUUUUAAAAGAAAAAAAGAAAUGUCUUAUCAUCGAGAAAUACAUAAAUUAUUUCUAUUAUAAAAUGAUGAUAAAAAAAAGCACGAAAUGAAGUUAAUAUCCAUUUAUAUAUAAACCCUGUAGUUUGGAGAUAUUAUCAAAUCUCAAAGUUCAUAUAAACGAUGAAGCUAAUCAUAAAAUAACCUAUAGAAAACAACAACAACAACAACAACAACAACAACAACGUCAUCGGUAUGUGAUAACGAUAAUUUAAUGUGAUAACAGUUAAUUUAUUAUACAAAUUAUAGAACUUUUUUCUUUAUUCUGGAUCGAAUUAAUUUAAAAUUCUUAUAAGAGCUUAUCAAUGUCGUCGCUUACCUAAUACCAGAAAUAACUUUUCUACAUGUUACCUACGUGCUAGAACAUUUGCAGGAAUAUGCAUACUACGUAAGUACAUACAUAUAUAUAAUUCAUACGAUUUACGGUAUCAACCGUACACUUACCAUCUACUGUCACCUCCUUUCGAAUGUAUCCGAAUUAGGAACAAGAGUUCAAGCUUUUAUUAUGUAAAAUGUCUACUGAAUAUAAGAGAAAGAAAGAGAGAGAGAGAGAGAGAGGAGAGAGAGAAAAAAAGAAAGACAAGAAAAAAGAGGAUAUACAUAUAUACAAGUAGUUGUGUGUGUGUAUGUGUGCGUGUUUUAUUAAAAUUAGAUACAUCGAAAAAAUUUCAGUACACACUUUAAUAUCAAAUGAUCAAAGUUCCUGAUAUCUCGAUAAAUUACAUAUGUAUGUAUGUAAGAAGACAACGUCAGAAGAUUAUGUCUCAAAAAUUUGGAAAUAGUUAAAAAAUAUUUGUAUCGAAAAUUAAUCAUAUUAUCUUAUCGAAUAAGAUCAUGCUUCAUGUGGGUUCUAUGUGAAAGAUCAAAGUAUAAAGUGCAUAAAGAAAAAAAAAAAAAAUAUGAACAUGCAUUCUUAAUGGCACAUAUGUAACAUAGAAAUACAUAUUUUCUCCUUCCUUUUUUUCAAUUGAAAUGAAAUCUUUUUCUUAUUCGCUCGAAUCAUGUGAGAAUUAUCAGAAGUAUUACAUAUAUAUAUUUUUUUUCUUCUUCUUUCUUUUCGAGCGUUAUCUAUAACGAUGAGGUCUCGAGUUCACAAGCUUUUAACCAGUGUAAACUGGUAUUAAAGAAAAAAGAUUCUUAGUUGAUCCGACAUAUCAAUGCCGGUCGUAUCAAUUUUUAUCUUCCCAUUAAAAGGAUAACUAUUUAUCUACUUAAUAAUAAACCAAAUCGGAUAUUUUCCAGUAAACUAUUCUUAAUAACAUUAACA